AUGAUAAUAGAGGAAGGCCAAAGGAAUGCUUAUGUUGAUUUGAUCAAAAGACAUGGUAGUACACAUUUUGCAAACGUACCAAUUGGUCAUUUCUUAUUCUUUUUAACAAUAAUUAAUGUCAUUGGUAUUUAUUCAUUUCAAAAAUUUUAUUUGCAUAAAUGGUCAAGGUCUGGUAGAUCAACAACAAGUAGAGCAUUAGUUUCAACACCUGAAUGGUGGAAAUUGAUAAUAUGGAAUAUAAUCAUAAUUGGAUUGAGUUUUUACAAAUUUAAAUUAUCACUACUGAGUGUUUUCAUUAAAAGAUUAGGACGAUUUGCUUAUUUAUUGUUACCAUUGGAUAUUUUCUUUGCAUUUAAACCAAAUCCAUUACCAAAUAUUUAUUAUCUUGAAUAUGUUUUCCUACAUAAAUGGUUAUCAAGAGUGAUUGUUUUAUUAUCAGUGGUUCAUGGGAUAAUGUUUACAGUGAAAUGGGCUGUUGAACAUGAAUUUUUCAAGUUUUUCAGAUUGUUAAAUUUCUUGGGAGUUAUCGCAGUUAUUGGUUGGUUAAUGAUUACUAUAAUUUCAUUAAAACCAAUAAGGCAUAGAUUUUACAAGGCAUUUUUCACAACACAUUUGAUAUUGGCAUGGAUAUCCCCAUUUUUAUUACAAUUUCAUGCAAGACCAGGUGUUACUUUUUAUUCUUUCAUUAUCGUUAUUUUAUUUAUUGCACAGGUUAUUACUAAAAUUUGGAAAUCAAAAGAUGAAAAAUUAGAUAUUGAAACAUCAAAAGGUUCUGAUUUAAUUAUUAUAAAAUUCCCAAAUAGUUUCGGUGAUUAUUUACCAAGUUCACAUAUAAGAAUCUCUGAAUUUCAAAAAAUCAAUCCAUUAACUUAUUUAUUACCUACACAUCCAUUCACUAUAGCGUCAUCACCAACAGACUCUACUAUAAAAUUGAUUGUUAAAAAGACAAAUUUCGAAAUCAAACCAAGAUUUGAUUAUUCGAUAUCUGGUCCUUUCCCAUCAUUACAUUCAAAUUUUUUCAAAACUGCAGAAAAUGUCGUUCUUGUAGCUGGUGGAUCUGGGAUUUCAUAUGCAUUAGGUAUUUAUCAAAAUUUACAAAUCAAUAAUUUCACCCGUGUCCAUUUAAUUUGGGUUUUAAGAAAUAAAGCAGAUUUAUGGAUCUUGAAUCAUUUUAAUGUCAAGAAGAUUGAUAUUUUCAUAACUUCAGAUAUAUCCAAAACUGAUGCGGAUAAUGAAGAAGGUGACAAUUUACUGCAACUUAAUGAUGAUGACGUUGAUAUUGAUACUGAUACUGAUUUUGAUAUUGAACUUGAAGAUUUUGGAAAUGAUCCAUUUGCUGAUUUUAAUAGUAUUGGUCGCAGUCAACGUCGAGAUCAACUUCAAAAAACAAUUAAAUAUGGUAGACCAAAUUUGAGAAAUUAUACAAAUUAUAUUGAUCAGUAUGUUAAAGCCAAUAAUUGGGUUAUAAGUUGUGGUACCAAAAGCUUGAAUAAUGAUUGUUCAAAAUGGGCAAAGUUUUUGGAAGUUAAACACCACAGUGAAGUUUAUGAAUUAUGA